AUGGGGGCGAGCACAUGGCAUUGUCCCCACAGUUCCAUUAGCAGUACUUCUGUCUUACAAACUGUUCAGAAUAAAUCAACUAAAAAAGGUAAUCCAAAGUCUUGUGUCGAGAAACUUUUUGUUAACUACAAAGAACAUGCCGAUGGUAAAACGUCAAGUGAAUGUUUAGUAUGUAAACAUUUAGUUACUCACAAAAUCGGUGUAACAUCUAAUUAUACACGUCAUAUGCAACGUCAUCAUUUAAAAAUGUAUACGGAAUGGAUUGAUUCAUUAAAAAAUAAUGAUAAUAAGGAUGUAAUUGUAACUCAACCAAAAAUUAAACAUGCAUUCAAUAAUAAUAAAACAACAAAAUACGGUAGUCAACAUCCUCGUCAAAUUGAAUUAAACAAUAUGAUAAUCAAUGAUUUAAUAAUAGAUCUGGGUUUGCCUCUAUCGAUUGUUGAACGUCCCGCAUUUUUACGAGCAAUGAGUAAAGUUGAUUCUAAAUUUCAUGUUCAAAGUCGCCGAAGUAUCUGUCGAGAAUCUAUACCUGCUUUAUAUGAUAAAAUGAUUCGUGAAUUGAAAACAAUAUGUACAACUGCUGAAUUUAUCUCGUUGACGCUAGAUAUCUGGAUUGAUCGGAGAAUGAGACCAUUUUACGCUGUAACUGGUCAUUCAAUCAUUGAUUGUGUUUUUAAAUCGUAUGUUCUCUCAUUUUUGCCAUUAACAGGUAGCCACACUGAUAAAGCUUUGCUAAAUGAAUUUGAAAAAAUAAUUUCAUCAGAUUAUAAUAUUGAAAACAAACUUGUACGACUGGUAACUGAUAAUGCUGCUAAUAAUGUCAAAGCAUUUAAAAGUUUGAUAGUUCCUGGUUUUGAGCAUUAUUUUGAAGGUGAUGAAGAUGAUGAUGAUGAUGAUGAUCGGAUAGAUGACGAUGAUUCAGAAACAGAUGAAAAUAAUUUAAAUGGUAAUACUAAAAAUAUAUUUAAUACAUUAGCAAAUGAUAAUUCUGUUAAUUUAUUACGUAUUCCGUGCUUUAGCCACACUUUACAACUUGUAGUGGCUGACGGUUUAAAAGAAUCGAGCUGUGCUCGUUCUUCGUUGGCUAAAGUUACUAAAAUAGCGAAAUACUCGCAUCAGAGUACCAAAUUCGCGGAAAAUUUGGAAGCUAAUAAAUAUUCAAUACCGGUUGCUUGUAAAACUCGUUGGAACAGUCAAUACAAUACUGUUAUGAAAAUAAUUGAAAUACCAGUUAGUGUAUUAAAUGAAUAUUUGAAACACUGCAAUAAGGAAGAAUUACGUUUAACAUCAAGAGACAUUGCAAUACUGCGUGAAUUCCACUCGUUGUUCGCACUUUUUGCCGAAGCAAUUGUACGGGCUCAAGCACAAAAUUCUCCAUCGAUAAGUUUGGUCGCACCUAGUCUUCUUGGUAUUUUUUUCGAUUUGGAAAAUGAAUUGAAAAAUUGUUGUAUUUAUACGUCGAGUUUAUGUAAGGUAUUGAUAACAUCGUUAAAAGCUCGCUUUGGAGCUCAAUUGGAUAGUCAAUCGGAACUUUCUGAUCCAGUGAAAGAAAGUUUGUGUCAAUUAAUAAAAAAGUUAGUUACUGAUGCUGCAUUCCAAUUAAAUAGUAGUAAAGAUAGCAGUAGUUCGAGUAAUUAUUAUAAUGCAGCAGAUGAUGAUAAAGGUGAAAGCUCAGACAUUGUUUUAGGUGAAAAACGAAAAACACUUUUUGGUUAUUGUUCAUCACAAAAUAAAAUAAAAAAAACACGUAUAGACAUACAAAAUUCUGUUCAAGACGAGAUAGUUAGUUUUCAAAAGAAGAUAGUAUAUGCGAUUUUAAGUAAAUUAGCUCAAAAAUUGUUAUGCGUACCUGCCACGUCGGCACCGGUAGAGAGAGUGUUUUCACAAAGUGGCUUUCUUUUCCGAUCUCAUCGAUGUAAAAUGACAAAAAGUACGCUUUCAAAAUUAACAUUAUUGAAAUGCAAUUUUGAAUUGUUAAAAUGA